AAAAUAUUUGUGCAAGAAGCAAUGAAACAACGGAUACCAAAUUCGCUGUUAUCAUUUUUGGCGCUAUACCAAAGGUUUUCGGUUUUAAAUUCGGAUGCAGAAAAGUGAUAAAUAUAAAAUUCAAAAUGGCAGCUCAUUGGUUUUCUAUUGUCAUGGGUUGUUUCAUGAUGUCGGCCUUAUCUUUAACAUUCACGGCCAUGCCAGAUGCAGGGAGUGGGCAUUAUUGGAAGCUUAUUUCAUUUGUGCAGUACAUACCGACUUUCUGCAUACUGAUCUCAAUGAAGUUCACUGUUUGCGAGUUCUUGUUAGAUUUAACUGUGGCACAAGAUUCUAAUAGAAUAGGGUUGGUAGCUUGGUUUUACACAUUAUUGAUGUUUUCAUUAAAAAUAACUGGAGCAAUGAUGUAUUGUGCAUUAACAACAUGUACAGACAGAGGCAAAAUGUUUCUACAGUUCUUCCUUCAUGUCCCUAUUCUGGCUUUGGACGUUAUACCCGUGGUUAAUAGUCUUGUAUUCUACCACAUUUACACUCGAAUGAGAAAUUUGAAAAUUAAACUAUCGCAGCGUGAUAUUACUUUGAAACAAUUAGAAAUUGAGUAUAAAGCUCUUGCAGAUUCUUUUGAUAAAUUUAGGGGAGGUUACGAUGUUAUGGUAAGUGUUCAUUUGUAUAGAGAUUGGACAACAAUUCAUAAAAUAGUAUGCAUCAAUAGACGGUAUAUUAUAAAUAUGUUGUUUCAGUCAUGGCUGGUGAAAUCGUCAACAUACGUGUACGCGAUGCAUGCUACACUGCAGAUCUGCAUUCCGGCGGUAUUCGCUGAAAUGAUAACCGCUCAGACUGACGAGAUUAAAAUGAUUAUGCAUGAGGGGCUUGUGACCGAAAAAGUAAUUUCAAAAGACACAUCAUCAUCCGCUCGCACCCUGCGCUACGUUGAAGCGCGGCCACUCCUGCGCAAGGCAUGGCGGCUUCUACCUCUGGACCUGCGCCUGCCCACCAUCAUGCUCUCCAUGUGUGCUACGUACCUCAUCGUUAUCAUACAGUUCACGCACCUUUAUGACUAGU